UAUCCGAACCACGACGAUCUUCACUCGUACCUACCUGUCUCGCCAUCGGUGACCGUGGAAUAGAAGUGUGGCGGUUUUUAUUCACUCGUUCACAAAAUGGAAUUGGCGACGGAGCGGCCUGUUUUGUAUGGGCAGUUAACUCCUCUUUCGUCCAGUUUCUCGGAUUUGAACGAUGUCUGGUUGGACAUUGCUUCAAUGUUGGACGAAGAUUUGAAUGUGACUGACCUGAGCACGCCAGAGGACCCACCUGCAGCGCAGGAGCAACAGCCACAGCAGCAACAGAUCCCCCAGGCCAGUGACACCUGUAUUUCCCCCAUUGCCUACCCACCCACUCCACCAGUGCCCGACUGCGAAUUGCCCCAAGAGAUCGCUGUCAGCUGUCUUCCUCACCAAAAGGUGGUUGGGGGCUUACCCUCGAUGGCCACAGCCUUCCCUUCCACCACUAAGAGGGAGUACGAGCACGUAGUUUCCCAGCAACAGCAACAGCAGCCCUUGUAUCGGCAGCAUCAGCCUCAGCAUCAUUAUCAGCAGCUUCAGCCUCAGCAGCAGUAUGGCGGGUGCGUCGUGGAUUCAUCGAAUCCUGUUUCUAAUACUCCUGCUGGAGGCACCCCCUGCCCUCCAUAUCCUGUCUACGGACAGUAUUAUCCUUCCAGUCAGCAGCAUCCCGCCGCUAUGUCAACGCCUUAUACCACAACGAACACCAUCUCUCAUCCCGCAGCUCCCAUAUCUCACAACAACACCCAGACCCCAGCCCUUCCCACCUACACCACCACUCACACAGUUACACCCACAGCUGGUUUUGGGAGCAUGUAUCAGUACUGGGGAGGGUCAGGGGUUAUUCUAACGCCUCCAUCAUCGCCUCACGCCCCUGGGGUAGUCGCCGCGCCGAUACUCUGCCCACCCACGGCUCCUCCACAAAGCAUCCAGCAGCAACAGCAGCAGCCGCCUCGUCCCAGACGCCGACGUGCCCGUAGGAAGGUCAUCAUUCAUACCUGCCCACACCCAGGAUGCACGAAGACGUACACGAAGUCCUCCCACCUGAAGGCUCACCUUCGGACUCACACAGGGGAGAAGCCGUAUACCUGCAAGUGGAAAGGUUGCGGAUGGAAGUUCGCCCGUUCCGACGAAUUGACCCGACACACCAGAAAACACACCGGAGAUCGACCUUUCAACUGCAGACUGUGCGACAGGGCCUUCUCCAGAUCUGACCAUCUCAGUCUGCACAUGAAGCGCCACAUCACCCUCUGAACGGAGCUUCCGAGAUGUCCAAGUUAAACCUUUCAAGUUCAGCCAGUGUCUCUCUCUCUCUCUCUCUCUCUCUCUCUCUCUCUCUCUCUCUCUCUCUCUCUCUCCUUUGAGGAUCCUUUAAGGAAUAUAUUUCGGAAGAGCGAAUUUCCCACUGGUUCAUCUUGGUAAGGUGGACAUAUUGAUAAUGCAUAACAUAGCCCUAC